AUGCCAAAAACUAUCUUGGAAAUUAAAGAUUAUCUGAAAAGUCUAAAAUUAUCUAGAAUACUAAGAUUAUCUGGAAACUCUAAACUAUUUGACUGGAAAUUCCAAACCUAUACCAGGAAUAUCCAAAAACAAUCCCAAAGUCUAAGCUAUUCAGAAAAGCCAAAUAUUAUCGAAUAUAUAAUCGUCUACAUAGAUCUACUAUAUGCCACAUAUAUUAAUGGUUACCUUAAUUGGUAA